ACAGCAGUCGGCAUGAAUGUUGUUGGACGGUGGAUGAGAACUUUUGUCCGGAAUUAUAAAACUUGCAACCGUAAGAGAUAUUUGAAGGGUUCAGUUGGUGCUUCAUUGUUUACUCUUCAUGCAAAGAAUACAACGAACGAUGAAAACUCUCCAGGAGGCAUCCAGACAGUAAAUCCUGUUCACCUGUCUCAUCCCUAUCUCAUUCGCAAUGCUGCUGUCAGUAGUGUGGAUGCAGCCACUACACUGCUUACACAGAUUGUUACAGCACUACUCCAGGCACAGAAAGAAUACAUAGAGGCUGUCAGUCAUUUGUUAACUGUCAUGGAAGCUAACCUUAAAGUGCUGGGGAAUCCAGCUGCUGAGCAGCAAGUCUGGGACAUGAUAAUGGAAGCCAGGGUCAAUAUGAAUGAAAAAGCUAUGGCAAGACAGGAAUUGGAAACCCUGUAUGCAUUUACUGAGAAACUUUUAAACAGUGCUGCUGAAGCUGCAUAUGCAGCAGGUGCUGAAUAUGCAAGUAUUGCUGCAAGUGAGCGGAUUUACUCAGCUCAGACUCAGUUGAAGGUGAUAAGAGAGCAAUCCAAAGAUGCCACUCUGAAACUAGCACAAAUGGAAGCCACCACUAUACAGAAAACUUCAGAACAGUUGAAGGAAAAUAAAAAGGACAGUGAAGAUCCAAGUAGUUGACAAAAGGAAUUGUGAUGUGUUCAGUUUUGAAUGCAUUACUCUAUUAUGCCCCUGGCUAUAUGUUUAAUGGGACUUGGACUUUAACAUCUAAAUAAACCAAAUCAUUGCAAACAUGGGAAAUUUUAAUAACAUGUAUAAUUUGGGAUGGAAAAAAACAUAAUCAUGGAACUUAAGGUUGCACAACCCAUUUUUUUUACCUCAAGCCAAAUUGGGCAUGGAAGGUACACUUUUGUUCACUGGAAGUGAUAAGUAGGUCUAUAAAAUCCUUUAGAUCAGGGAUGCACCAGCCUAAUCUGCACCCAGAAUUAUAAUUAACAGAGAAAGAGAUGUUUGGAGCCUUAAUAAACCUCGAGCCUUUUCAUAUUAAUUGAUGUAGUUAACAACACAGGUGGGCUGCUAUAAAAUAACCAGCAGCAAGAGUCCAUUAACAUGUAAAGAUAUCUGUUAAUGUGAUAAAACUUUAUUUUUCAAGUUUACAGAAACAUGCAAAUAAAAAUUAAAUAUAUUUUAA